UAUUUUUUUUUGUGAGCACACACCUUCAUUUUAUUUCAUUUGUUUUCUUUUAAAUUUUUUUUAUUUAUUUUUUUUUGUGCAGCAGAUUUUUUUUUUUCUAACCAAUUUUACCUGGAGCCGCAACGCAAACGAAAAUUCUUGAUUUUGAAAUUAACUUCUUUCCGCCGGCAAUUGGAGCGUCUCCAGUCUUCUUUCCUUUUUACCCAAGUUUUUUUUUUUUGGUCGCCAAUUCUUCAUCUUUGCCAAGCCAGCAGUUGUUGUUUCGGCGUGAGUGGCAAAGAACUGGUGCGGGUGGAUUUUUUUUUUCCCGUCCUGAACGGCGUGCCAAAUUUAUGAUGAGAGUGCAAAAUGGAUGAAUUUCAUCCCUUCAUCGAGGCUUUGCUGCCACACGUCCGCGCGUUCUCCUACACCUGGUUCAACCUUCAGGCCCGCAAACGCAAGUACUUCAAGAAGCACGAGAAGCGCAUGACGAAGGACGAGGAGCGCGCCGUCAAAGACGAACUCCUGGGCGAGAAGCCCGAGAUCAAGCAGAAGUGGGCGUCCCGUCUGCUCGCCAAGCUCCGCAAAGACAUCCGGCCGGAGUUCCGCGAGGACUUCGUGCUCACCAUCACGGGGAAGAAGCCUCCGUGCUGCGUGCUGUCCAACCCCGACCAGAAGGGCAAGAUCCGCCGCAUCGACUGUCUGCGGCAAGCCGACAAAGUCUGGCGCCUGGACCUGGUGAUGGUUAUCCUGUUCAAGGGAAGCCCGCUGGAGAGCACGGACGGAGAGAGGCUGGUCAAAUCACCGCAGUGCUCCAACCACGGCCUCUGCGUGCAGCCGCACCACAUCGGAGUGUCCGUCAAAGAACUGGACCUGUAUCUGGCCUACUUUGUCCACACGCCAGAAUCUGGACAAUCGGAUAACUCCAACCAACAAGGAGAAGCAGACAUCAAGCCUCCGCCCAAUGGGCACUUGAGUUUCCAGGACUGCUUCGUGACGUCAGGCGUAUGGAACGUGGCCGAGCUGGUCCGUGUGUCACAGACACCAGUUGCCACAGCAGCCGGACCCAACUUCUCUCUGGCCGACCUUGACAGUCCAGGAUAUUACAACAUCAACCUGGGUCGCCGCUCUAUUACGUCCACACCAUCGACCAGGACUGAGAUGGAGUUGUAUGCCAGUCUCCCGCGGAGCUCCAACAAGCGUAAAUCCAUUGAUGACAGUGAGAUGGAGAGCCCGGUGGACGAGGUCUUCUAUUCGGGCCGUUCUCCUGCCCCGGGGGUGUCCCAGCCCAGCGGCUGGCCCAAUGAUGUUGAUGCAGUGCAACACCAUUUGGCCAGUAUGCAGGAGAGGAAGAUAAAACACGAAAGUGAUGGCGUGCAGUUUCCUUACCAUGGACUCUCGUCGCCUGGUUCUCUUAAGAAGUCGGGGAAAUUCGAUUUCAGCGCUCUGUCCGGCCAUACGAGGUCUGCACGCAUGCCGUUCACCCAUCACCCGCUGCCCAUGCUGGCAGGUGUAAGACCAGCAGGAAGUCCCCGUGCCUCAGCUUCCUCCCUGCACUUCCCCUCACCCUCCAUCAUCCAGCAGUCCAGCCCGUACUUCACCCAUCCCACCAUCCGAUACCACCACCACCCGGGACAGGACCCGCUCAAGGAGUUUGUGCAGUUUGUGUGCGCCGACGGAUCGGGACAGGCUAGUGGUCAGCCGAACGGAAGCGGCCAGAGCAAAAUGCCGGGCUCCUUCUUGCUGCCUCCACCCCCCCCUGUGGCGCGUCCAGUGCCCCUCCCAAUGCCAGACUCUAAAUCCAGCAGCACGCCCCCCGAUGGCGGACUCACCUCACCCACAUCUCCGUCAUACUCCACGCCAGGCUCCACAGCUCCCAACAGGUUUGUCAGCAUCGGAUCACGGGACAACAACUUUCUGAACAUACCCCAGCAGACGCAGUCAUGGUUCCUUUGACGAGGUCCUGCCUGCAACCUGUCGACACAAUUUGGAAGUUUUAUGACAAAAAAAAAAAAAAAUCCUCUUUGAAAAUCCCCUCCGACCCCAAACGCGCCCUAAAAACGUGAGCAGCAUACGAUUGGGAAACGUUCGACCCUGUACUUGCCAACCGCCAGACGCCCUUCAAGCCCGCUCCUCCACCUCCGACAAAGACUUUGAGAUCACGGCAGGAGGUGAGGGACCGACAGCAUCUCGCAAGAACCGUCACCAGACCAACGGCAACAACCCGACGAACACAGACAGAAAACGUUACUAGGAACAAGGAAGUAGUGUACAAUGGCUGGGAUUAUCAACCGUUUCAGUGGUGAGGAUUCAGACACAAAAAAAAAAAAACGCAAGAGUUUGACCAAUUAAACCCAUGGGUUUUCUUUUUAAAACACUUAAGCGUGCUGAUGUUCAGCGCACAGGCAACACUAAAUAAUAAGAGCCCCAGACGUUUCUAUUUUACCUGAUUAGCAUGCAGUAGAAACGUCUCUUUUUUCCCUUUCGCGGUCAAUUACUAAACUAACUACGAGCAGCAGAAGUAUUGCACUACAGUAAUGAGAAGAACACUAGUUUGACGUGCACUAUUGAAAAUGGGAUCGACGGCGGACAUUAUUUGCACAUUUUAAAAGCGGAGAAAAACCAACCUGGCACACAAAAAGCUACCCCGGAGACCUGUUCUCGUAAUACAGGACUGAAUUUUGAAAAAUUAGUCGCCAAGUGCCAACUAGACAGCACCAGAUUUUUUUAUUAAUACUCCUAUAGGAUGAAUGAGGCCAACCGACACACACUUAAGGUGCGGUCGCAUUCACCGCCUUUGAAUUGAAUCAAGUGAAGAAAAAUCCAGGUCAGACGGACUCAAGAGUGACAGUUUUGUCAAGUUUUUCCAAAUCGGUACAAAUUUGCUUCUUCUGUUGAACGCAGUUGUUUUAAAAAAGGUGAUAGCCAAACAGGUAAUGGCACCCAUCGGCUCGCAUUGUAUUUUUGUAAGUCGAUGGCUGCCAUCAGGUUUUUGGUGAAUUAUCUCUUUAAAAUGACUAGCCUGUAAAUUUUCACGGAUCAUUUUUGCAGUAUUUUUUUAAUUUUACAAAAUAAUCGUUCAUUCUCGGUAACGUAGUGAAGCACAAAACGCCGCUGGUGUUUUCACAGUUCAUUGGUCAACACAAAUUAGUUUGACAAUCUUGAAUCUUCCGAAACUCGUAUUCGAAAUAACAAUUUCCCUCGCAAAAUUUCGCUAAAUGUGACCACACCUUUGCAGCCGCGUGACCGAGUUACGAUUUUUAAAUAGUUUGUAAAAUAAAAAAAUGGCAUUCUUUUUAUUAAUUUCAAACUAAUUUCACUCUUUGUUCGAAAACUAAAGCCAUAACUUUGUUUUAAAUGGUAAAACUUUUAAUUAGUAGCAUAAAACUAAUUUAAUAAAAAAAACAUUUUUUUUUUUACUAGCCCAAGCUAGUCGUUCCGUUAUUUAUUUCAUCAUAGUAGCGAGGCAUAAUAAAAGUCCCUGAAUCAUUACGACUAAUAAAACCGGCCCGCGAGCCACGCCCACUUCUGCGUUUCGUUUACGUACCUGUUUACACUCCCAGAAGUCUGUGCUCCAAGAACACGUGACCUCGCUGCGGAGCAAAAGAAUGUGUGACAUAUCAUAGCCGUGCUCAGAGGGAGGUGGGCGGCUCGGGCCGCUUUUAUUAGCAUUUCACCGCUCGUUUAAUUCGGUGACGUUUCGGCAUCGGCUGUCCGCACACACACACACACACACACACACACACACGCACGCACGCACGCGCUCUCCUCCGCAGAUUGACUACAAAGGGAAGCCUUUACAGUAGGGCGAUCUUCAUCCGCUGAUAAAGUUUUGUUUUUCGACGCAGCUGUAAUCGGUAACCUCACAAAAUAACUGGACUGCCUGACCAUGUAUCUCACUGCAGGGAAGCAUUGUUGCCGGACGGCGGCCGUGUCAUCGCUUUGGUAGAAAACUAACACGAGAAUCGUGAUGGCAAUGGUCUUUUCUUUUCUAAUCAAAGGAAGUGCCUCUGUAUUCCCAUUAUGCAAUUUGUUAAACAUGAAUUCAGGUUAUUUUCUUGCAUAUAAGCUAUAGAGGAGCGUGAAAUUUUUAUGAGAAGAAGAAAAAAAAAAAAAAAAAGCAAGCGUCAGCUCACUAGUUACAAACAUCUUUAUAUAUACAGGAUAUAUCCAUAUAUAUUUAUAUAUACAUUUUUUUUUUUACUUAUUUGCCUAAUAAGCUCAGUGGCAGUCUAGUUAUUUUUUGAAGUAUGGCAUGAUCACAAAUCAGAUAUCCGUUCAGAAGUACCGGUCCCGAAAAAAACCCAGUUCUGCACUUAAUAAUUAGAGCGAAAAAAAAAAUAAUAAUAAUAAUCAACUGGCGGAAAUCAGAUUUCCGCGAAAUACGUAUCGAUAGCGUAGUUAAAAAAAAAAAAAAGAAAAAAAAAAAAGAAAAUGCACGGCUUUUGAUUUCUUUUGUGUUUGGACAGGAAGUAUUUGUUAUUGCAAAAUAAAGUGUGUUGAUUGAGCCAUGUGCAAUGCCUUGGGUAGAAACUGUGUUUGUCUCAUUGUUAGGGUGUACAGGAAAGCGUAGAGGUGAAAUCCUUUUAUUAUAGUAAAGUCCUCGCCGUCCGGGACUCUAAACUACAGGACAGACAGAGAGAGAGAGAGAGAACACGCUCUUUGUAAGUUUUGGGAAUUCAUUUUGUAAUCUUUCCUUUUUCUGCUUUUUUUUUUUUUUUUUUUUUUUAAAUGUUCAUUUGUAAUAAUUUGUUCUCAAAACUUAGGAGGGCUGAAGAAGCAGUUUUUUGCGACGCGUCAGAAUAUAUCACUAAAUAAAACAGGUGCUUUUUAUGGAUCAAAGUACACUCGAUCUCUAUUAUACGUAAGAAGACGAAAAAUAAGUGUUAUCAAGACAAAUUUUAGAAGAAAAAAAACGUUCAGUGCUCUUUCCUUUUUGUAUUCACUGAAGGGGGGAGGGGGUUCAUCGUGGUCAAGGUUGUGACAAAAGGCAUUUUUCCUCCAACCUUUUCUCCGAAGCGAUCAAAGAAUGUCGGCCGGUGACGUCCUAAGAGGUUUUACGACUUUUAUCGAGAUAAAAUGCGGGAUUUUUUUCCGGCGUUUUUGACUUCAUGCUAUGCAUUCCAGUUUUCUAGGACUUCCAUGCUUUGGAUCGCCCGAACCGCCGUAGUCCUUAACAAGCGUCCCAUCUGAAAUUCGCUGGCUUUUUGUACAUAGAAAAUGUUCAAUUGGUAUGAAAGGUAUGACAAGAUCUUCCCUGUUUACGGGAGAGGCUUUAAUGCAGCUCGAAUAAACUAAAAAAAGCCCGUGGUGAGCUAAAAAUUGGAGUGAGAUGGGAGGUGUGACGUGAAUUUAUCUUUUAUAACUUUUAAACUUGCGAAUCUCAAAAAAGACGUUUUUCUACAGAGCCCCACACGUGACUCUAGGAAUUAAGGAUUUUAGUUUCAUCGAUUUAUUCCCUCGCUUUAGUUAAAUUGUGGUUGCAAAUUAAAAAACUUCACGAUAAUCAAAGAUAUUAGUACAAAGUGGCCACAAUUGACACAAACAAGGAAACGAGUUAGUACAUUUCUACGAAUAAUUUUGCAAACAGAAGCUGCAACGAAGGAACUAUGUGGCUACGAUUUACAAAAGUUAUGAAACGUAUUAGCGCACCGUGUCCGUGAUUUAUUACAAUAUGUCAGAACAAAUCGGCACAACGUGGUUACGAUUUACGAAAAACAAAGACGUUUAAGUCAUAAAAAAUGUAUUUUAUUUUUCCAAAUCAUUUGUGAGGCUCUGUAUAUUUCAGAAAAAUAUUACAAAUUUUGGGGUGAAAUGCAAUUCUUUUCGCGAGCAGAUUUCCCCCAAACAAAGUCAGCGACCAAUCAGAAAGAGAGUUGAGCUGGAACCCCUCCCCCCGGAUCAGCAGCGCCCUCUACUGGCCCCUGUGUAAAUGACUCUAAAUAUUUGUUUUGUGAUCUAGUGUUAGACUCAGAGCAUCAUAAAGGUUGUCCCUAAAAAGUGCCUUUUGUUCACAGACACCAUCUUGUAAUCCUGAGUGCCCAUCUCAAAAAAAAGAAAAAAAAAAAAAAAAAACCUAAACAAAAAAAAAUAAAUCCCCUCGUUCAAACUUCUGUAUUUCUCCUUCCGCGACUUCUUCAAAGCAGUAUAUAUAGUACUAAAGGAAAUCGGUGUGACUUAGUUCCUCUUUUUAUUGUUGAAUAAUUAAGAAAACUGUAAAAAACAGAAAAAUGACAAAAAAAAAAACUUUCUGUCUUGCUUUUCCUUCCUCUGUAAUCUUGUCUUCUGCCUCUUUUGGACACUGGAGUAGUCUAUAGUUGCAUAACCAUCACCCUUUUCCCUGUGCCCCUUUUCUCUGAACGGAGGGGUUUUAAAAUAAAAAAAAAAUACAUAAAAAGAAUAAAAAACGAAAAGUACGAAAAAAAAAUGUUGUCUGAGCAGAAUGCAGUUAGCUCACAUGUUAUUCUUGUCUGUACGCUUCACGUUGUAUUCAUACCGAUCUCUUCAGCUUCUCCAUUGAACAGUUAAUGUACGUGAACAAGUUACGCCGGUGAGCUCUGGUGGGCCGUCCGACAGACGGGCGCCUCGGCUGGACGACCGAGGCCGAGCGCUGGAGGUAGAAUAGGCGAGUUUUUGAGCUAUUUAUUUCUUUUUUUUGUUACCAAAUUCGUUUGAUUUGCUACGAUCUGUCUGUAUUGAUAUUGCAUUGAGAAUCCGUAUCGAUGACGCACCUUUUGAAUGGUUGUACGUGACCAGAUAUUUAAUUUAAAACUAAAAAAAAAAAAAAAAAAAAAAAUUGAGACGAAGCACCUUAAAAACAAAACGGAGCGGUUUCAGCCCAGGGAAAGCGACACAGUCUUUCGAGCCCAGCGUUACGAGCCGAACUCAUACCAAAGUGACGCGCGGCGCCAAAAAAAAAAACCCGAGCGAAACUGAAAUUCUGCGUAAACUCACCAGCAAAAGCCGACAACUCGCUUCCUUCCCUCAAACAAAAUAUGCAAUUGUUUCACUUUCCCGAGUCCGUGAAGCCGGCGUCUGCGCUGGCUGUGAUUUUCUUAAUAUCUGUAAUAAGCGAAAGCCAUAGCGACGGACACGUGUUUGGCACUCUGGUUGUCCCUCCCUGGUACUGACCGUCCAUUUUCUUUCUUUCGUAUAUUUACUUUUGUACUCUCUUUGUUGAGCGGUGGGCAUUCGGAUGCGUUUAGAGUAGCGUGAACCCCCGGCGGCUCCGGUCUCGUCCGAACUCCUCGAGCGGCGCCCUUCUCAGUCCACACGCCUUCCAGAGCUCAUGGUGAAAUGCAUGUGUUGAUUACAAUUUCUUUUCCAUAAUAAGAAAAACAAGUAAGAGCAGCACCUUUAACUGAUUGAAUAAAAGGAUGUUCUUGACUGUAA